GGAGGUGUGGGUUUGCCACGUCGGUCUCCGUGUAGCGUAUUGACACUGUUGCUCCUCCAGCCCGGGGGCUAACUUUUGAAGCCGUUUUAUGCUCUCAGCUCUGGACUCCGUCACCCCCAGCGUCGCCAGGCUCGUCGUAGCCGUUCCCCACAGCAGUGCAGUCGAGGAAAGCGAAGCUGUGAGGCGGAGAAAUGCUCAGCGCCGCGCGGACUCGUCUGCUCACAACUGACUGAUGCAUCCUCGUCCAGGUCGCUCCUCCGUCUGUUAUCGACGUUGUUGGCCUGUCUGUACAUGGUGGCUCUUUGAGGAGAAGCGGAGGAGUCGCAGCGGCUGUUGGUUGGUGGGCGGUGUCUCUGGUUGCCACGGUAACUGGCGACCAUGCCAGGAGGUCGCAGGGGCCCCAGCAGACAGCAGCUAAGUCGCUCUGCCCUGCCUUCCCUGCAGACUCUGGUUGGAGGCAACCUCGGCAAUGGUACAGGUAUCAGGAACAGGAGCAGUAACUCGGUGGGUCUGUCUGCUCCGCCUCUCUCGGCCCUCAUUACCCCAGAGCCGGUCCGACACUCAAAGAUCCCAGAGCUGCCUUUGGACAGCAGCCUGCUCUUUGAGUUCCUGCUCUUCCUCUAUUUGCUGGUGGCCUUGUUUGUCCAGUACAUCAACAUCUACAGGACGGUGUGGUGGUAUCCAUACAGCCACCCUGCUGCCUCUACCUCGCUUAACUUCCAUUUAAUGGACUACCACCUGGCUAUCUUCAUCACAGUGAUGCUGGCCAGGAGGCUUGUUUGGACUAUAGUUUCAGAGGUGUCUCAGAGCAGCAGCAGAUCACUGCUCCGCUACGUGUGUCUUAUCGCGGCCCGGCUCUGCCUGUUGACCAUGUGCGGCUGGGUGCUCUGCUGGACGCUGGUCAACCUCUGCAAGAAUCACUCUGUGCUCAACCUCCUCUUCCUGGGAUACCCAUUCGGCGUGUACGUCCCACUCUGCUGUUUCCAUCAGGACGGAGGGAAAAGUCAGACGGCCUCGGCCGACUGCGAUUACCCGUCUGACCACCAACAGACUGAGCUAGCAGAGGCUCCAUUCUUCCGCCCACGUGACUUCCUCUUCCUGCUGCGGGAAAACCUGAGAGAGCAAUUUUCCAGCCCGCCACACAUGCCCACUCACACCUGCCCGCCGCACACACACUCACACACACCGGAGGUGAUUCGAGCCGAGGUGGAGGAGCUGAAGAGCGACUUCAACCGUCGAAUAAAAGAAGUGCUCUUCAACUCACUGUUCAGUGCUUACUAUGUAGCUUUCCUCCCUCUGUGCUUUGUCAAGAGCACCCAGUACUACGACAUGCGUUGGUCAUGUGAGCAUCUGAUCAUGGUGUGGAUCAACGCGUUUGUGAUGCUCAUGAGUCAGCUGUUGCCCCCCGGCUACUGCGACCUGCUGCAUCGCUCGGCAGCUCAUCUGGGCCGCUGGCAGAAACUGGAGCACGGCUCGUACAGCAACGCUCCGCAGCAUGUGUGGUCAGAAAGCACUAUUUGGCCUCAGGGGGUUUUGGUACGACACAGUCGCUGUCUAUAUAAGGCAGUUGGACCCUAUAAUGUUGCUCUACCCUCUGAUGUUUCCCACGCAAGGUUUUAUUUUCUGUUUCACAAGCCCUUGCGGAUCUUGAACCUGCUGAUCUGGAUUGAGUCCAGUGUGGUUUUGUACCAGUUAUACUCUCUGCUGCGCUCUGAGCGCUGGAACCACACGUUGUCUCUGGGCCUUAUUCUCUUCUGCAACUACUAUGUCCUUUUCAAACUGCUGCGAGAUCGCAUCGUGCUGGGCAAAGCCUACUCCUACCCCGUGUCCGCCACCAGUCUGGGCCUCAAAUCACCGUGACGGAAUCCCAAAGAGCCGAGACCUCAUCGACGAACUCUGGAUUUGAAGGCGAAACAGGUCGAGGUCUUGUAAAGUGGACGACUGGAGGAUUGUUAAGCGCUCACGCUUGGAAGUUAAGGGACAGACUGUGAAGUCAUACCUGUUUUGAUACGGUUCUAUUUUUAAUGCAAUGUUUAUAUAUACCUAUUUAAAAGAAUAUUUUUAUUUUGUAUACUAUUUCGAGUUACGCCGGGCAUUACCACACUGACGACAUCAGCAUGUUGUGUUACGUUGUUGCUAAGUGACAGGGAAGUCGGGGGUGGGGGGAGGGGCGGGGGCAAUGCCAGGUGACUUUCGCCAAAGAUAUUUUAAGUGCAGGUGGCCAACGACAGAGCGACUUGAGCCGCGACGGUCGGCUAAACCAGAUGCGAGGUUCAGAGCAGUGGAUGGAGUCGUUCCUAAGAAUCCUGAUUGGCUUUCGUUCUGUUUUGACCGUGAGGCUCCCAAAUGUGAGAUUUGGAGACGUCAUUUGUUUUGCUUAGCGGGAUGAUUGGAUUAUUUCAGUAUUGCUGCAGCUGUUAUUGCGGAUCCCUCCUUUUUUGUUCUUCAAUCAGUUUAUAAAGCGUUCUUAUCUGCUUCCAGGCAGGGAGUGUAAAAAUGAAACGAGCUAAAUUGAUAAGCGAGGAAACGGGUAGCCGGGCUCCGUCGAGCUGUUAUAAAGUCAACCUGUCAGCAGCUCACUAAUUAACCCGUUUUAUCUCCUUUGUUUAACUUGAACAGAAGCCAAAUUCAACAUGUUACAGGGUUUUAUCUUUGCGUCAGGCCACUCUUGACCAGACGACAUCAAAUCCUUCUCAUUCUUACAUCUUGGUUUCUGUUGAAAUUAAACAAAACAAAACAAAAAUGUAUAUCUUUGUAUAAAAGGUGUAAGCUGGCUGAUUGUAUUUGUCAGUUAACCUGUUUACAGUUUGCAGAAUGAGUUCUUAAAUCAGAGCCUCUCUUUGGGUUUAUAUGUCAAAUAAAAGUUUUUUGUUAAACAUCUUAGGUCCGUCUGUCCACUGCCGAAGCCAAGACUGCUGCCUUCAUUUACCAUUCUUACCUUCUCAUUAUCAGUAUCUACUGGGACAGAUCCAGCACCAGGCUUUUCAGAAGUCCUAUUUGGUCAUUUUGAAAGUCAAAAGGUCUCAGUGAUGCCCCACGUGGAUUCAUUUGUGUCUUAAAAGCCAUGCAGACACUUUUAUUUUAAGUUUCGGUUCCUGAAUUCUCGAAAACCAUAGUUGCUGUGAGGACCAUAAUCGCGCCUGGUUCAUCUCUGUUGACAGGAUGCAGAUAACCGAAUGAAUGUGGCCAAUAAAGUUUUCUGUUUGCCCGGAUCCAGCCUUUUUUUUUUUUUUUCUACCCUCACUGUCAUCACGUCUUUUGUGGAUUCAACAGCACGGGAUGUUGAACCUCUUUUGUGUGAAUUCAAAAUCAAAGGGUGAUGACGGCUGCCAGAGUCACCUCAAUACCAGUUCAUGUAUUUUCAGUUACCAGAGUGGUGUUACAAACACGUAGCCUUGCUUUUUUGUUGCCUUUCUCUUAAGUCACUCUCGUGAUCUUCCCUUUGCUCUCCAGUGGGUUCUUUACGUAAUAUUCCCACUCCUCCACUGACUCUAGACUCUAAUGUUUAGCUUCAGAGAGGAUGGGGCCCAUUAGCUGUGUAUUAUUCAGAUAAAAAUCAAAAAAAAUUUUAAUUGGGGAUGGAAAAAAAAAAUUAAGUUUUCGGUUGAGUGCAAUUGAGAUGAAGAAAGCUACGUAUGUCACGACACAAAGAAGUGUGGAGAAUAUUUGAGCUCUAAUGUCGUGCAUGUGCCCGUUGCUCUGCUUCGUCUCCAAGCUCAGCCUCCUGGUGCUAAUGCUCUGUUUGCAAUCAGCUUCCACUGAAAUGGUGCUGUCAACUUGGAAUUUACAUCUCUUUUUUGUUUUGUUUUUUGUCUUCAAUUGGGCAGCAUUACUUGUGAAAAUCACUUGUGUAUGGGUGUAUCCUCCGGUAUUACUUUUUACUUAAAUUCUUCGUCUUAAAUAAUUUCCAUUCGUUCCAUCUGCUUUGUUUGGUUUGCCUUGAACCCUGAAGAUGACCGUGAGAUGUCUGUGACGGUUACUUGAACAUCCUCUGGCCCAAAUUAAAUUGAGAAAAGUGUA